AUGGAACCAAUUUCUGCCUAUGGUAAUUUACCAACAUCGGUUCAAGUGAAAGACACUCUCAAUGGAGUUCCAGAUUAUCAAUUGUCUGUAGACAAGAAAACGUUAAAAUCGUUCAACGAUAUUAUGCAUAACAUGCAGAGAAAAGCUCGACUGAAUGAUUGCAUUGAGCAUUUGCAAAAGAGUACGCUCACGAAUGAAGACGAAUUGGAAAACGCGGUGACUGCUUUUCUCUGUGAACGCCAAUGGUCAAAUACAAAACUAAAAAAACAGUGCGUUUCCAAGUUAAAAGUGGCAACAAAAGAAAGAAACGACUUCCGAGCAUCUCGUAGAAACGCACAACGACAACAAGAACAGCAAAUGCUCUCAUCGGUUCAAGAUCAGAAGUGGCCCUUAGUUGUUAUUGCAGGAAGUAAGCACAGUCGUAAAGGCCGCACAGUGCUGGCAAAAUGUAACAUACCCAGGAACACAGUUGUAUGUGACUACCACGGAGAAUUGCUCACAUAUAAUGAAGGGUUGCUGCGGUACGAACAGUAUGGUGACAACAAUGAAAACGUCUAUAUGUUUUCGUUCAAUUACCAGGGCAGAAACUACUGGAUUGAUGCCGUAAGACAGUGCAGAUGUCACCCGAAAACGAGAAUAAAAGGUCGUCUUCUAAACCACUCAAUGAAAACUGCAAACGUUGUUCCGAGAAUAGUGCUGCUUAAUCAGUUGCCGCACAUUUUAUUCUUCGCGAAACAGGAUAUCGCAAUUAGCGAAGAAAUCCUGUUUGACUAUGGAGUCCAAAGAUACAGGCUUUCAGAACUUCAGGACUGGAUGCUAAGUUGA